AUGAACGGCAUUACGCCAGAAGAAACAAAUGCACGUGAAAGCACAUGCCCUUUGUGGGAGAGGCUCGGUUGCGUGCGCGCAGCACGUUUCUGCAGACGACGGCUAAGGCGUGUCGCACCUGAAAGUAAAACUCGAAGCCGUGAAUCUCGCAGGCGGAUCAACCGUCCACCAUCAGCUAUAUACAGCACGUUCAGCGAGCGGGUCCGAGUAAACACACCCGCCGCUUUACAAUGUGCGCUGUUCUGUGGUGGAUCUCGUUGCCAGUACGAGCUACCCCAAAAAUGUGGAACUGCCAUACAAGGGUUAUAUUCUGAUUGGGUCACCGAUGACAUCCUCGCGAUGGCGCGUCCCAGUACUGCGAGUAUCGCUGCUAGGAACAUUAUACAACAGUUUCAUAGCUGGGGUAUCCGAACUGUGAUCAACCUCCAAACACCUGGAGAGCACGCGAGUUGUGGACCUUCACUUACCGAGUCAGGAUUCACAUACGACCCCAACAUAUUCAUGGCUAAUGAUAUAUACUACUACAAUUUCGCUUGGCCAGACUAUGGGGAGGCGACUCUGAGUGGACUAUUAGAUAUGGCAAAGGUGCUAUCAUUUGCUUUACAAGAAGGCAGAGUAGCGAUUCAUUGCCAUGCAGUGUGCAAGUGUAAAACUAGAUUGGACGGCAAAGUUGUCAUUGUCACUGGAGGAAAUUCUGGUAUCGGCUUGGAAACAGCCAAAAAUUUAGCUGGAAGAGGCGCGAGAGUCAUAAUCGCAAGUAGGGAUGUUAAAAAAUCUGAAAAAGUUGUUACAGAUAUAAAAGCAGCUACUGGAAACACAAAUGUAGAAUUCCGACAACUGAAUUUAGCAUCUAAAGAUAGCAUUAAAAAAUUCGCUGAAGAAUUCAAUAAGGAUUUCGACCGUUUGGACAUUUUGGUUAACAACGCCGGCAUUGGUGCUAUAAAGAGCGCUACAAACAGUGACGGAAUAGACUUACUAAUGCAAAUUAACUACGUCGGUCCGUUUCAUCUUACUCAAUUAUUGCUUGAUAAACUAAAAGUCUCAAAACCAAGUCGAAUAAUUGUGGUAUCUUCGUACGCACAUGCUUUUGCCAAAUUUUCUCUUGAAGAUGUUACAAGAGCCUCAGAUGGCACUGUGAGAUACUGUAAUACAAAGCUCUGCGGCAUGUUGUGGACUAGGGAGUUAGCUAAGAGACUGCCCGAAGGUGUAACCGUCAAUUCUGUACACCCAGGACUUGUUAAAACCAAUAUUUUUAAUAGAAUGUCAGCCUUCAAUAAACGAAUACUAUUUUUAAUUAUUGAUCUUGUUUACAAAACACCACUUGAAGGAGCUCAAACUAUAAUUCAUCUGUGUGUAUCCCCGAAAUUAGAAAAUUCGACUGGAGGAUACUAUGUUGACUGUGAAAUAAGAAACCCAUCUAGUCUAGCUGAAAAUGAUAUUCUAGCAGAAAAAUUGUGGAAUAAAACAAUGACUUUAAUUGAA